AUGCCACGCACCCGGGGGGACAAGGGGACCCCCAAGGACACAGAAGCCCCGGGCAAGGGGAAAGGGGGGGAGGUGGGUGUGAAAAGCCCCCACGCUCCCGAGGACGGCGGUGGGCAGCCGGGCACCAAGAGCCCUGGCUCGGAGUCUCGCCGAGGGGCCCACGGGCAGAAGAACAGCAAGAAGGGUUCUGGAGACCCCAACGCGGCAGCCAACAAGACCUACUCGCCCUUCCUCAACACUGUCUUUGGCAAGGAGCGGGAGCUGUCACCGGAGGAGCUGGAUGAGCUUCAAGAUGCCUUCAAGGAGUUCGACACGGACCAGGAUGGGUACAUCAGCUACAAGGACCUGGGUGCCUGCAUGCGCACCCUGGGUUACAUGCCCACGGAGAUGGAGCUCAUCGAGAUCUCCCAGCACAUCAAGAUGAGGAUGGGUGGCCGCGUGGACUUCGACGACUUCGUGCAGAUGAUGGGGCCGAAGCUGCGGGAGGAGACCGCUCACAUGGUGGGCGUCAGGGAGCUCAAGAUCGCCUUCCGGGAGUUCGACGCGAACGGGGACGGGGAGAUCAGCAGCGGGGAGAUGCGGGAGGCCAUCGCGGCGCUGCUGGGCGAGCAGCUGAAGGCGCAGGAGGUGGAGGAGAUCCUGCAGGACGUGGACCUCAACGGGGACGGCCACGUGGACUUUGAUGAGUUUGUCAUGAUGCUGUCAUCUCGGUAACGAAGCCUUGGGGCAGGAGAAGACACCCCCAGAUCCAACCGACCCAAAGCUCUCUGCCGUCAUGAGGCUUCAGAGUGAACAGCUGGAGUGGAUGGGGAUGGGGCAGGCAUGAGACACUCCCACCCCAGAUCCCAACUCCCCCACCCCCCCCAGGGGUGGUGGCAGGGUCAGUAGGGACAAUGACGACUGAGGAGCA